AUGCUUCCUUCCCCUUUCUUCUUUGAGCUUCCUAUUGAUUCUAACUUCCAUCUUCUUUUGAUAUAUCAACAUUUGAUAAAGUUGGAGAAGGUGAAGACUAAGCUUGAAUCUCAAAAUGGAUAUGAGCCAACAAUAGCUGAAUGGGCUGAAGCUUUGGGGAUACGUGGACCUGUCUUGAAAUCUGAAAUCCACCGUGGCAGAAGCAGCAGGGAGAAGCUGAUCACUGCAAACUUGCGUGUGGUAGUUCAUAUAGCUAAACAGUUAGCUCUCAAACAAACACAUUGCUACCGUCCAAGCAAAGAAGAACUCGCAAGCCAAGUUGGUGUCUCAACAGAGAAGCUUGAUAAACUUCUGUACAAUAAAAGAACACCUCUAUCAAUGCAACAACCCAUUUGGUCUGAUCAAGACAUCACCUUUUAG